AGCAAUCACACCCGGAACUGACGACUCUGAAAGGUCGCGAGUUACUGAGAGUCUGCCUUCAACAACUUCUAAUAUAUUCGAUCCUGAUUGGUCGAAAGCGAUACAGAACCAGAACCGGAGACAAAACCGGAACCGAAACCGGAACUGGGCGGGGGAUUACGAUGGACAUCAGAUACUCAUGACUCAUCCUAUGAUAUAUAAUCCCCAGUUAUUCCAUCCCAUCCUCAGUUUCAAUCUUGCUCUCGUCCAAGCAACAUGGAGUUCUUCAGAUCGCUUCUUCGUGCCGUCGGACUGCUGGAGCCGUCCAAGGUAGAUUUUAUUGUCGAGCUACCUCCGGAGGUUUCUCAGCUGAUACUGCGCAAGUUGGACCCUGAGUCUCUGUUGUGCGCCGCGCAAGUUUCACAAAAGUGGAUGACAGUUUGCAGGUCGGACAAGAUUCUCCGAGAUACCGCGAAGAAUUACAAGCGGAGUAUCAGGAGGAAAAUGAUGGGUAAGGUUUUCGGGCUGGACCUGGUUGCGGAAGAGGAGAUGGAAAUGGUACGAAGGAGGCAUGUACAGAGAAAUACACAGCCUCCGAAAGUACAGAAAACGGUGGUGUUUGCCAAAACGCGAGAGACUCGUGGUCUUCCCAAACACUCCAAGAUAAUUCGCUCCUCAAACACGAAACCAGUUAAAUAUUUUGAAAUUGUCAAACAACCAAAACCGGAUCCAAAACUGGAACCGGAACCGGAACUGGGCGGGGGAUUACGAUGGACAUCAGUCACUCAUGACUCAUCCUGUGAUAUAUAA